AUGGCGAUAGUGGUUACGAUGUUGAGUCUGAUUCUUGAACAGUUGCAUUUUUUGUUCUAUCUUUUUAUAACGGAGAAAGUAAAAUGGCGUCCCGUGAUUUGGGGACUUGGCCUGCAACUGACGUUGGCGGUUCUCAUUCUCAGGUGGACUCCUGGGUUCAACUUCUUCAAAUACCUAGGAGAUCAAGUCCGAGCGUUUCUUGAAUUUGCCGAUUUCGGAUCGAAAUUUGUUUUUGGAGAGAAAGGAAUUGAAGACCAUCCGAUGGCUUUCCAGGUGUUUCCAAUUGUUAUCUACUUCAGUGCAGUCAUCAACAUUUUUUACUAUUGGGGUGUGAUGCAGUUUGUCGUCUGCAAAAUAGCCUGGCUCAUGCAGUUCACCAUGGGCACCACUGCCAUUGAAUCACUGAAUGCCGCCUGCAACAUUUUCAUAGGGAUGGCCGAAUCGUGCGUGAUAAUGAGACCCUUCCUAUACAAACUUACCAGAUCUGAACUGCAUGCCGUUAUGACGGGAGGGUUCGCCACCGUGGCUGGUUCCUACAUUGCACUUCUCGUGCAAGCCCCUCCAGAGCAUCUGGUGUCAGCCGCAAUCAUGUCAGCUCCCGCUGCUCUCGCCAUGGCAAAACUCAGUUACCCGGAAGUUGAAGUUUCUCGCACAAAGACGGAAGGCGACGUGCAGAUGGAAAAAGCAACGGAAAGAAAUAUUAUACAAGCAGCAUCGAACGGAGCAAUCAGCGCAAUCAAAGUUGUGGCGUCUGUGGCCACGAACUUGAUUGCUAUCAUCGGUCUCAUUGAAUUCCUCAAUACCGUUUUGAAAUAUCUUGGAUCGCUGGUUGGAGUGGAAGGAUUUUCAUUCGAAGCAAUUUGUGCAGUGAUCUUUUGGCCCUUAGCUGUAAUAAUGGGAGUUGAAAUCGAAGAUGCUGGGAAAGUUGGCAGUCUCUUGGGUACGAAAGUUUUCGUAGACGAAUACAUUUCGUUCAACGCACUUGUCAAGAUGACAAAAAAUAAUGAAAUAAAGGAUCGGUCGAAAGUGCUGGCUACAUACGCUUGUUGUGGUUUCGGCAGUGUGGCAGCCAUGGGAAUGUACAUAGGAGCCCUAACAACCGUGGCACCGAAAAGAAAGGACGACAUCUCUGAAGUCGCUUUUCGGGCCAUGCUCAAUGGAAACAUUGCAGGCUUUCUAACAGCUUGCAUUGCAGGCAUCCUGUACGACACAAACUCAUUUAAAUCCUUCAUGAUAAACCCACCUGGAUCCAACGUUAAUGAAACAAUUUUCAACCUCACCGCCCUUUCUUCGUAA